AUGAGAUUCAGGAAAUACACAAAAAACACUGAUCAAGAAAUAAAUGAAAAUAAAACUGCGACGAAAGAUGCAUCAAAAGUGUCAGUGGCAAUUGCGGCAAUGAAAGCAUUUGCGGAACAAACAAAUAUAUUAGGUCUUGAAGGGUUGCGGAAUAACUUUUGUAAAUUACAAGCACGUGGACCACAUCCACAUGAUUUAACAUUUAAUGCUCAAAAAGUGAAUCGUACCAAAUGCCGAUAUCAUGACAUUAUAUGCUUGGAUAACACUCGUGUAUUCCUCAAACCGUGGCCAGAAGAUCAAGGUGAUUUCAUACAUGCGAACUGGAUUAACAGUGAACUUCUCGAUUGUCCUUUCAUUUGUACACAAGGUCCACUGAAUCAAACUUGUGGUGAUUUUUGGCGUAUGGUUUGGCAGGAAAAUGUUGAAUUAAUUAUAAUGCUUUGUCGUACGCUUGAAGAAAAUCGCAACAAAUGUGCCCAAUAUUGGCCAUUAAAUCAAGGCCAAGUGCUUACAUUUUGUGGUAUCACAAUCCGAGCUGUCGAAAAACGAACAAGUGAUCCAGAUGUACAUUGUACUGCACUACUGUUGACAUACCGCGGUGCACGACGUCCGCUUGCGCACUAUCAAUGGGUAUCAUGGCCUGAUAGAUUUGUUCCAAGUCAAUUAACGGUACCAUAUACUUUACUUAGUUCAGCUCGAGCCCGAAAAACACCCACUGUUAUACACUGUUCAGCUGGAAUUGGACGGACAGGUACAUUGGUGGUACUCGAAUUACUUUCUAGGGAAAAUUAUUUCAGAACGUUGUUAUCAUGUCGUAUUCCGGUAGUAACGGAUAUUAUUUGGUCAGUUAGAUCACAACGUUCACGUGCGGUUCAAAAUGAAGAACAAUAUUUGUACAUACAUUAUCUUACAAUACAACGAUUGGUUAAUAAGGAAUUUUGCCGCGAUUAUGAGCAAUUUUAUUUUACUCGUACACAUCGGAAGCAAAUUCCGUUACCGAUCCGUGAAAAAAGGAAAAAAUCACGACCCAAAAAGCCGAUCACACCAGAACCGGUAACGGCAUUGUCAACAUCAUCAGUAUCGCCAAUAACAAUAUCAAAAAAAGGGUCGCCAGUCUCGACCGGAACACCAAAAAGUCAGGAUGUUACUCUUGUAUCGACUACAGGGACCGAUUCUAGGCCUGUUCAACAACAGAAAAAAAAGAAAGGAACAAUAAAAAAGAAAACGCCAACAACACAACAACAACGAGUGACAGCGGCAAAAUUAUCACAUUCACAGGCCAGUCUUCAACAAGAAUAUCAAGAAGCGCAAAAGGAACUGCUGGAAACGUAUCGUAAAGAAAUGAAAAUAUCAAUGCAUACGCAACAGCGGAAAAUAAAAGAUGACAAAUUGACAUCCACUGAAGUGAAUGUUGUUCAAAAUGCGCAAAAGGAUGAUCAAGCAUUAGACGUUGAAGUUCUUGAUAGUAAAGUGAAAAAAGUCGCUGAAGAAUCAAGAAUCGCAGAAACUGAAACAGGAAAAGCAGAAGUUGAAGAAGAUGGUUCUAAAUCAGUAUAUGCUUUCCUCAGUGAUGAAGUCCGAAAAAUUAAGCAAAUGGAAGAAAAUCCAGUGCCAAGAGAAGAUGAAAUUGAUACUGCUGAUUACGUCUUCAUGCAACCCCUCUAUGCGCGUACAUACGGUGCAGCUGAAACGGAAAGUCGAGAUGUAGCAGAAAAAUAUAUGAUGAAUAUGCUUCCGGAGGAGUAUUUUGAUAGAGCCAUGGAUGAUGGAGCAGAGUAUGUUGCAAUUAUGCCAGUAAACACAAACAAAGAAAAUACAGAAAGUCUCGAAAAUUUGCGAAAAAAUUCUUCCAAAUCAAGGGUUUCCUAA